AUGGAAUUAAAAGCAUUUGCUUAUCGAUGUUUUUAUUCGAAAAAAUUUCAUCUGUUGAUUCGACCUGAGCUGUUAACAGUAUCGAUUCAAGAUAAAUUUAUUGAACUUCUACUUCAAAUAAUAAAUUUAGACUCUGGUCGUCGGUUUCAAUUUGGAGUGAUCACGUCAUCGGACGAGAAAAAUCAGCCAUUGAUUAAUAGUUUACGAACACUCGAGCUUCUUCAUCCAAUAUAUGAUCAUCAAAUGUUGAAUAAGCAUGACCUCAAGAAAGAAACAGAAAAAUUCCUUGGUAAAAACUGUUACCUUGUUACGUCGAGUAUGGCUGGCCUUGGUAAAUCGACUCUUAUACGUAACCGAAUUCAAGAAUCUGGUAAACAAUAUCUUAAAUUUCCCAUUAGUGGCCAUAUUGAUUUGGAAACUUUGGUUGGUCGUCUCCGUACUUGUAUAAGUCAAUCAUCGACUCAAGAACUAGCGAUUCAUAUCGAUAUUGGCAUCGUUCUUGAUAUUAGCAAAUUGCAUGAAUUCCUAUAUUGUAUUUUACUCUUUCGUAGUUUUUGCUAUGGAUUACUAGCGAUUAAUCUUCUGGCUGAAGCACCAAUAUAUAUCGAGCUCGAUUCAUCACCACAAAUGACCAGUCUUUAUGAAAAACUUACCAUUUUGGAGCACUUACAAAAAGUUGACAUUCCUCACAUAGAAUGGAAGCAGAUGAAUAUGAAAUGUCUACCAGGAAUUCAAUUGGUUGCUAACUAUCUUCAAGUAAUCCAAGACAAGAGUAUUAGCCAAGAAGAAAUCAAUGAAGAAAAAUUGGUUGAACUCGAUGCAGUUACUUGUUCUAAACUUUUGCUUGAGCAAUUCAGUCUUAAAGAUGACCGAAAACAAAUAAGUUGGACAAGCAUAAAAAUAUUAGUAACAAUAUAUCGUUAUCUAUUUUUGGGUUUCUCUAAAUGUGAAUACUUUUUUCUUGAACGCCCGAAAGUAAGCCAACUUCGCAUAGAUAUACUUCAAUAUCUACUAAAUUCAUCGAAACAGUUUACAUCUUUCUCAGUUGAAUCCGUACGAAAAAAUCAACGUUCAGCGAGUGAUGGUAUCAUUCAACUCGAUGAAGCUAUUAUUCGUUGGGAUAAAUUACAACCAUUUACAGUUAUAUUCACUGAGUGGAAUGACCCAUUAUUUGUCUAUAAAAAUAUCAACGAUGUACCACGUUCACUGAUAGAUACAGUCGUAGCACCCGUUCAAGCAAAUAUUUUUUAUCGAGUUCUAUUCUCUAGCAGACUAAAGCAUGAACAACAACAACGAGAACAAGCGCAAUUUCCUGACCAUAAUCAACUCAAACAUGAAGACUUUUUCAUGAGACUUGCAGCAUUAUCAAAAAAAUAUUAUAGCAAGCCAGUUUGUAAUAGUUGUUUUAAGCAAUAUGAAGAUACAGAUCAGACAUGUGCAAGCUGCGGAAAUAAGAGUCAAUUACUUCGACCGAAAACAGCUGAAGAAUUGGAUAUCAAGGAUUUUCAAAUGAAAAUAGCAAAUCAACUCGAGAAAGAAUAUGUAUGGACAGCAGAUAAUUAUAUCAAAGCUCUUCUGAUAUAUUUACGAAUACAAUGCCGCCUUCCAGUUAUACUUAUCGGUGAAACAGAAAAUGAUCCUCCUUUUCUUAAUCGUUUCGAAAAACAUGUUGUUGAUAGAGAUUCUCUUAUUCAUCGUUGUUAUACCAUAAUUGCAUCAAAUCUAUUACAAUGGAUUGACAGUUUAGCUACAUACAGUUUAAAUAAACAUUUUCCUCAGCGAAAGAAUCUAUUUGUUGAUUAUAAUCCAGAUAAUGUUCGCCUCUUAGUUAUGGAUGCAUUUGAUUCUUUAAAAAUAUCUGAAGAUUAUAGUGAAAAUCAAAGAGAUAUUAUUAUUGAAUUUUGCAAAGAAAAACUUAUUCGAACGAGUUCAUUUGAUCUUCCUCUUCUUCUGUCGUGUCAUAUAAAAAAUAAUGACAAGUUGAAAAUGUUAAUAGAUCAAUAUUAUAAAAUACAUAAACAACUUUCAUUUUCAAAUAUAAUUGAUCAAGCAUUAGAAGAAAAAAUGAUUCCAAAUCAAGUCAUUUAUACUUAUACACAAAUUUAUGAUAAAAUCGAAUAUUUAAAUUACAAUAGUCUUGUAAUGGAAAUAAAAAUAGGCGGUUUUAAGAGCGAAUUCGAAUUAAAAACAAAAAUCAAAGAGCAUUAUCAAUCAAAAAAUAAACGUUUAUUACUUAUUCGUGUUGAUUAUCAUCAUGAAUACAAACAUUUACUUUUUCUUAAACAUUUGAUACAGAAUGGAAGCAUAGA